AUGUUGGUUGGCAAUGUUCCUUACGGUGUCCUAGUCUGCACCUAUGCUCCACCUGGCUCAGCGACUAAAGCCAUCAAAUAUUUCGAGGAUUUCUGCCAUUUGCUGCGGGCCUAGACUUCCGUGAACCAGUUGAGAAGGUCAAGAAUCACAAAAAGAUGAAGCAGGGAGCAAAUUGGAUACCAAGCCUGUAUGCAUCUCUAAUUCCAUCACGCAUACUGAUCUUAUUGAUGAGUACUGUCACGCUGCCGCUCUGCAGUGGCUCCGAAACCUCAGAGUGCUCUCGUCAGAGCUCGCGUGUUGCGCGCGACAUCCUGCAGCGAGACGUCUACCCUGUCCUGAAUGCCGGGGGCUGGGCUCUGCCCCCUGCCUGCCCACUUCUACCAGCCCGAGACAUGUACCUCGCCCAGGAGCAGAGAAAGAUCAUGGACAACGCCAACAGGUGGCACUGCAACUACUGCGGCAAGGCCUUCACUAACGAGAAGUAUCUGGAUCUGCAUUUCAGCAACCGGCACGCCGACACCAUUCUGGACGGCCAUCGGGCGGUCUGCUUGGCCGACCACUGCGACUACUUGCGCUGUGACGUCGUCUCCGGCGCCAAGGCACCGUCCUACUGGGACAAGACGCUGUGUCGUCAGUCAGACCUGGACAAGCUCACGCAGCGGUGCCAGGCAGUGGUCAAAUCCUGCCUCCCGGAAUCCCUGACGGGGAUGGACAGGCACCAACUGCGGGAUAAACUCCAGAAGGUCAUGUGCUCGCCGCUGACCUGUGAUCGGUACUGGGAAGCCCCCUCAGCUGAGAAAUCCCCUCACAGUAAGGUGGCCUACGCAGUACUGACCUGCAUCCUCCUCGUUGGCUUGUUGCUGUACUAUCUUGUUGCCUACACACAUUUCUAUACCGACAGCUCCAUGCUAAAAACUGAUGGUGAUGGUAUCUUCAGUACUGUGGACAAUGAACACUACUAUAUGAGGAAUCACUACGAAGGGGACAUUCGUAGCAGAUACCAACACGUGUCACGUAGGUGACAGACCUGUGGUCAUUUGUGAAAGGCAUAUAGGAACCGGGCUUUCCAUGCAUUUGGAUUCUUUUCCAAUAAUAACACAUGUACCACUCGAUUCAAAGAAGAAUGUUCAAAACCUAACCUAGUCAAGUGUCAUUUCAGUGGAUAGUACACUUUUCGAGAAAAAAAGUGGGGAAAAAAACAUGCUCUUCUAAGGC